AUGCCUGAAAAUGCUGCCCUAGAUGUAAAUGAACAGAAAGAAUUCACGAAGAAAUUAAAAAACUACCCCAAAAAAGUCGCUGUAAAACCAGGUGUUGUUUACAUUGGUCAAAUUCCACAUGGAUUUUAUGAAAAUCAAAUGAGGGAAUUUUUUGGCCAGUUUGGAAAAGUCAGACGCCUUCGCCUUUCCCGCAGUAAAAAGACUGGAAAUUCCAAAGGAUUUGCUUUCAUUGAAUUUGAAUCUGAAGAAGUGGCUGAAAUUGUAGCUGAAACUAUGGAUAACUAUUUAAUGUACGAGAAACUCUUAAAAUGCAAAGUGGUUCCUCCAGAGAAAGUGAAACCAGGAUUGUUUAUUGGCUGCAAUCGUCCAUUCCGGAAACCUAAAUCCCAUAUUAUUGCUCGUAAAAGACACAAUAAGCCAAAAAGCACAACUCAGCAGUUAGCAUCUACAUCUAAAGUACUUAAAGGCCUUAAGAAAAAAAUGGCCAAAUUUGAAGAACUAGGUAUUCAAUAUAACCCAAAAGAAUUAGAAAAUUCUUUAGAGAAGCAAAUCCAGGAAUUGAAAGGAAAGAAGUCCAAGUCAAAGACUGCAAUUGAUACAUCAUAA